AUGGCUGAUUCAACAGUAGUUGAUGUAUCGAAAAUGAAAGUAAUCGAUUUACGCAAAGAGCUGAAAUCACGGGGCUUGUCUUACGCGGGAGAUAAAGCAGAACUUGUGUCGCGCCUUCAAGCAGCAAUGUCUCAGGAUGACCACGGAGAUAUUAACUUAGACUCUGACGAAAUUGAUUCGGACGGAGUUCUCGAGGACGAAGACGAUAAAAGUCAGACCGAUAUUCUUGAUGAUACUGGUGUGGAUACUAUAAACGAAGAAUUAGCUCUUGCAGAUAACCUGCUUACAAAAGAUCCGGCUGAUGAAAAGCAGCACAAAGUUCUCAAACGAAAAAUAUCAGAAACUGAUAAGAGUUCCAAAGUUGGUGACAAUAAUAAAGAAGUUGGAUCUAGAAAAAUCGUAUUAAAUAGAGCUACUUCUGUUAAUUCAGUGACGCCAAGACCAGCCACUGAGACUACAGAUGAAAAAAAAACUGAUGAUACUAAAACUGAAAAUGCCAAAGUCAGAAUAACUGCUGAGAUUGACCCUAAAACCAGGUUAGAAAUGAGAGCCAAAAGAUUUGGUUUACCAGUCAAAAUGAGUGAAGAUGAAAGAAAAGAAGCAAGGAAACAGAGGUUUGGUCAAAAUAGUUCCAUUGAUAGAAAAAUUACUGGGCCCAGUGGUUCUUUAUCAGAGAACCUUGACAAACUUAAACAAAGAGCUGAAAGGUUUGGUCAGUCUGUAUCCAAAAUUAUGACAGAUAUUGAAAAUAAAGAAAAGCUGGAAAGACGCAAGGCUAAGUUUGGAACAGUCCAAUAG